AUGGAUCCUUCCAUCAAAGGAAAUCAAGAAAUGUUAAAAAUCAAGAAACGAGGUCAUCAAGAUCUUGAUUUAGGUUUGGGCCUUUUGCCACGUGGUACGACUUUAUCAGAGCUCAAUCUCAUCGGUUCUUUCAAAAUUAGCUCACCGUCGACUUCUCAUCAAGAACAUUUCGAAGAUCCAAGAGUGUUCUCAUGCAACUAUUGUCAAAGAAAGUUCUAUAGCUCACAAGCACUAGGCGGCCACCAAAACGCUCAUAAACGCGAACGCACCUUAGCCAAACGAGGACAGUACUACAAGAUGAGUCUCUCCUCUUCUUCCUCCUCCCCUUCUUCAGCGUUUGCGUUUGGCCAUGGUUCAGUCAGCAGAUUCGCAAGCAUGGCCUCGUUACCGUUACAUGGCUCGUCGCUAGGCAUUCAGGCUCAUUCAACGACCCAUAAUCCCCUUUUAGGACGACAAAGAGCGAGUUUAAGUCAUGUUUUCAAACAGAACAUUCACCAGACACCAUGCAUCGGAAAGAUGCCGCCAGAGAAAUUUCACCUUCAAGUGGCCAGCAGUAAUGACAAUAAUAUUAUUGCUUCUGAGUUGGAAAGGAUUGGAUAUUUCAAGAACAUGCAAGAAGAUCAUAUCCAGUUUAAGAAGAUUGACUUGACUCUUAAGCUAUGA